CUAAAAUAAAUCUAUGGUCUAGGACGCAUAUGAAUUCUAACCUCUAAUUUACAUCUCUUCUUAACGAACGUCCAUGUAACGUGCAACAGCGGGUAAAUCUGAUUUCUGGUUCAGCGCUGAUCAAAGUUGGAUUAUCUCUUCCAGAAAGUAUAUAUACGACAUGGCUACUAAAGAAAUGAAUCCUGAAAAACCUGGUCAGGAAACUGCCCAAGUUCACCACAUUAGGAUUACCCUUACCUCAAGGAACGUCAGCUCUUUAGAGAAAGUCUGCAGAGAUUUGAUUGAUGUAUCAAAAAAGAAGAAGUUGAAGGUUAAGGGACCAGUACGUAUGCCAACCAAAACUUUACGUAUCACCACUCGUAAAACACCUUGUGGAGAGGGUUCCAAAACUUGGGAUAGAUUCCAGAUGAGGAUUCACAAGAGGGUCAUCGACUUGCACUCUCCCUCUGAAAUCGUCAAGGAAAUUACCUCAAUCAACAUUGAACCUGGUGUAGAGGUAGAAGUUACUAUUGCUGAUGCCUAAUUGUAGGUAAUUGUAAUGCAAUUUAUAAUAAAGUUUCAUAAUUAA